CAGCCGUUUAUCUCCCCGCGACACGGGGGAUAACGACCCGAAGAGGAACAGCCCAGAAGCGGAGGAGCUGGGGCUGUGCACCAGCGUCCGACCAGCCGUCUGUUAGCGCCAUGUCUUUCCCGCAGAACCUCAAGCUUCUUGAUGUCCUCCUCAGAUGAUGACCCGUCCUCCUCUGCUGCAGCCGCUCCGUCCCCCGCCGUGCCAGCUGCCAUGGCGGUCACGGCGUCCGUGGAUGUCAAGGCUGAACUGGCGUCCCUGCUGGACGAGUGGGAAGAAGCCCGGCGAGGAACGGCAGAGCAGCUCGUGACCAUCCUGACCAAGAUCUCGGAGGUUAUUGAACGUGAGACAGGAGAAUACCACAAAGCCGACCCGGACCCGUUUGACGACCGCCAUCCAGUGGUUUCAACUUGUGAGCUGUCAGACGUCAUCUGGAGCUCAGGGCGGGCGGACCCCAAUUGCAUGCUGGGACAGCUGCUGAAGAUGCUCUUCAUGAACGAUGACUUCACUAACCAGCUCCUGGACUCCUACAUCAUGACCAGCAGGGAGGCGAGCCUCAACACGGCGGCCUGCCGCCUCCUCCAGAACAUCAUGCCCAGCCUGGAAACCACGGCGGUCUUUGAAGAAAAGGAAGGUCUGGUGGAAAAGCUCUUCAGCUGGGCGCAGGAGGCUCCGCCCCCCCUGUGUGUCUACGCCACGGGCCUGCUGGCUAGAGCCAUGAGCAACCAGGAGGUGGUGGCCCACCACAGAGAGGAGAACGCACAGCUGGUCCACAUGAAGAUCCAGCGCCUCGUCAGGCUGCAAACCUCCAGCUCCUCUCAGGAUCUACCUCAAGCUCCUCAGGAGGAAGCUGCUCAGAUGUCACAGAACCAGAAGGCCGGGGAUGAUGCAGCACAGGAGGAGGAAGCAGACCGGGGGGCCAGCAGGGGGUCGUCGCAGGCCAGACCUUCAUCCCCGCUCGGUUGUCACCCGAAUGAUUGUGAAAGCAGCAGCAGCUCCACCCAGACCGCUCCACAUCCUCACAGUGGAGGUCUGGAGUCCGCCUCCAAGGAGGUGGAGGACGCUCAUGGAGGAGGAGGAAGGAGACCCACGCUACAGGAGAACGGGAGGAAGGCCAAGCAGAAGAGCAACUGUAGUGCUGGUAGGGAGCAGGAGGAAGAGGGGCCUGACUCUGGUGCACUGCCUACCAACACUGCAUCCUGGUCAGAGAUGAGCUCAAUGCUGAUUGGCUCCGACUACCGCCUGUUGCCUCUGAGCCCGGCCAUGGAGCAGAGGCUCAUCCUGCAGUAUCUGACCUCGCUGGGAGAUUACCAGGAGCUGCUUGCAGUCUUCAUGAAACUGGACACGCGCUCGUUGCUGAUGAACUACAUCGACCUCAGACGGACCAACAACGUGCAGCUCACUUUUGACGCGCUCCUGUUUUUGGCUUCACUGCUGCUGCAUAAGAAGUUUGCUGCUGAGUUCAUCGCUCAUGGAGGAGUGCAGAAACUUCUGGAGAUCCCGAGACCUUCCAUGGCAGCAACGGGAGUUUCUCUCUGCCUGUACUACUUGGCAUACAAUCAGGACGCCAUGGAGCGGGUGUGCCUGCUUCCGGGCGGCGUGCUCUCAGACGUUGUCUCCUACGCUCUGUGGUUGUUGGAGUCAUCUCACACUUCAGGCGUCUGCCACGCCACCAUGUUCUUCUCCAUUUCAUUUUCGUUCCGAGCCGUUCUGCAGCUCUUUGACCAGCAGGAUGGUCUCCGCCGGCUGGUCAAUCUGAUCAGUACUCUGGAGAUCCUCAACAUAGAGAACGAGAUCUCCAUCAUGAGCGAUGACCAGGUGUUCACCAGUCGACAGACAGCGAAGCACACCUGCAUGGCUCUGCGCAGGUACUUUGAAGCUCAGCUGGGCCUGAAGACAGAGAGCUUCAAACAGUCUCUGUGUUCCUCAGAUGGUGCCCUCCAGCUACUCCAUAAGGCCUUCACCUACACCAGGGAGCAGGUUACGGAGAUGAUGGAGUUUCUCAUCGAGAGUGGACCCCCCCAUCUCCACUGGGAGCCGGUGGAGGUCUUCUGUAAGCUGUCCUGCGUCCCUCUGAUGCUGCAGCUCAUAUCCACAGCCUGUGACUGGGGAACCUACUACGGCAGGAGCGACACCGUCCGCUACGCCUUGGAUAUCUUGGCCAUCUUGACAGUGGUUCCUAAAGUGCAGUUGCUACUGGCGGACACUGUAGAGGUUCUGGAUGAGAACCGGUCUCCCGUCUCCACUGUGGGAAUGAGCAUCAUCCUGGGGGUUGCUGAGGGGGAGGUGUUUCCCAAUGACGCUGAGAUUCAGAAGUCAGCGCUGCAGGUGAUAAUCAACUGUGUGUGCGCUCCAGAUCAGAGCUUGAGCGCCGGGGCGGCUUUCACCCCCCUGCGACCCCCUUCCCCCACCAACAGAGUGCUGACCCAUAUAUGGCAGGUUGUGCAGAACAACAACGGAAUAAAGGUGCUCCUGUCCCUGCUGGCGGUAAAGAUGCCCAUCACAGACGCAGACCAGAUCCGCGCUCUAGCCUGCAAGGCUCUGGUGGGACUGUCCCGCAGCUCUGCGGUCCGGCAGAUCAUCAGCAAGUUACCGCUCUUCACCAGCAGCCACAUCCAGCAGUUGAUGAAGGAGCCGGUGCUGCAGGACAAACAAAGCGACCACGUGCGCUUUUGCCGCUACGCCGCUGAGCUGAUGGAGCGGGUGUCUGGGAAACCCCUCCUCAUGGGCUCGGACGUGUCUCUGGCCCGUCUGCAGAGGGCCAGCGUGGUGGCCCAGUCCAGAAUCAGCUUCUCAGAGCGGGAGCUGCUGGUGCUGAUCAGGAACCACCUCGUGGCCAAAGGCCUGCACGACACUGCCAGCACGCUCACCAAGGAGGCCAAUCUACCUGUUACCUCUCUCUGUCCAAACUCCUCCUCCUUCUGUGCCACGCCUCCCUCCUCCGCCCCCGCCGUGCCCCGGGGCGGCUGGCUGGCUGGUGGGAUCGCGUCCCGCGUCGCCAGUCACGUAGGAACGUCUCCUGUUUCUUCGACCUCCGCAGCCUCUCGACUCCACGGCCUUCCUCACUCUUCAUCCUCCUCUGGAACUUUCGCUCAUCCCACGUCGCAGAGCUUGCUGCCCGUCGGACGGAUUCUGUUCUCGCGGGAGCGUGCGGCCACCUGCACCCCAGGGAGAAAAGUCUGCGCCCUCAAGCAGAAGUCUGACCACGGGGCUUUCAUACAGAGUCCAGCCAUAAAGAAGCAGCUGGAGCGCCACCUUCCCUCCCCCCCCUCCCUGGACAGCAUCAUCAUAGAGUAUCUGAGGAAGCAACAUGCUCGCUGCCCCAACCCCGUCACCACCUGCCCCCCCUUCUCCCUCUUCACCCCCCACCGCUGCCCCGAGCCGAAGCAGAGGUGGCAGGCGUCCGGCAACUUCACCGCCCGCCUGGGGGGCAGGGUGCUGCACCCCAGACACAGAGGGGUGGACUGGGGGGGUCUCGACAGACAUCUGAUUUUCAGCAGGUUCCGACCCGCGACCGUCUUCACCGAGCGGGACCAGUACGAGUCCGGCUUCACCUGCUGCGCCUUCUCCGCUUUAGAGCGCUUCCUGCUGCUGGGCAACUGCUCGGGUCACCUGGUCUUCUACAACGUCAUCUCUGGAGAGCAAGAGGCCAAAUACACCUGCCACGCCACGCCCAUCACACACCUGCAGCCCUCCGGGGAUGGAAAGUUGGUGCUCACUUCAGCCUCCUGGGGGACUCCUCUGUCGGCGCUGUGGAGCUCAGAAGGCGUCUUUGAGAGGAAACUCUCCUUCUCUGAAGAUCAUUACAUGGAGUUCAGUAAACUCUCUCAGGAUAGAGUCAUUGGAACCAAAGACCAGGUCGCACAUAUCUACGACAUUCACACGGGCCAGAAGACCCUGACUCUGAACUACCCCGCUCUGGCCAACAGCUACAAGAGGAACUGUGCCACCUUCAACCCCACCGAUGACCUGGUUCUAAAUGACGGCGUCCUGUGGGACGUGCGGGCUUCUCGGGCCAUCCAUAAGUUUGAUAAGUUCAACAUGAACAUCAGCGGGGUCUUCCACCCCAACAGCUUGGAGGUUCUCAUCAACACUGAGAUCUGGGACCUCAGGACCUUCCACCUGCUGCACACUGUCCCGGCCCUGGACCAGUGCAGAGUGGUCUUCAACAGCAACGGCACCAUUAUUUAUGGAGCAAUGCUGCAUCCUGAUGAUGAUGAAGACGCCAUGGACCCGCAGAUGAAGAGUCCCUUUGGUUCUUCCUUCAGAACGUUUGAUGCCACAAACUACAAACCUAUAGCCACAGUGGAUGUAAAGAAAAACAUUUUUGAUCUUUGCACCGACAGUAAAGACCGCUUCCUUGCUGUGAUAGAGGACCAGGAUGCUCAGAGCUUGGACACGUUGUGCCGUCUGUACGAGGUGGGACGGCAGAAGCUGGCUGAGGAAGGAGACGAUGAUCAGGAGGAUGAAGAUCAGGAGGAGGAUUCCUCAGACUCAGAUGACGACGACGACGAUGAUGAUGAGGAUACAGACGCACUCCUGGAGGAGCUGAUCAAUGAUGACCCAGAAAAUCUGGACCUAGCAGACUCGCCUGCAGAUGAAGAGGUCAGAGGUCUUCUCAGCAGUGACAGCGAUGAUGAAGACGAGGGCUCGGAUCAUUCAAGCAGAUCCAGUGACGGGUCAGAUUCCCUCCACUCUGGCAUUUUGGAGGCUUUUUUCAUGGAGGGGUCAGACGAUGAAGACUAGGAGAUGUUUGGAACUCUGAGACGAGAUGCUGACCUCUUGUGACCCUGAACAAGGAACUUCCCUCCUCGUCCCAAACCCUCUGCACAUCUAACCAGGCAAGUGUCCUGUGGGACUCGGACCGGCGGCAUGGACGUCCUGGAGUGAGUCGCUGAAGCCAACGCCGUCUUUCAACCUGUAAGGUUUGGGCUCAUGGAUCCCUCUUCGGUCUUCGUUUGUUUUGCUGUCCUGAGAGUGAUUCUGAGGUGUUUAUGGGACUUCAUCUGUUUGAAAAGGACGCUCAGUCCAGAUGAGCGCAGGCUCGUCCAAUCACUACAGAGCUCACAUCUGAACAAGCUCUUUUCAAAAUAAAAUUCAUUAGUUCUUUCUUUUUUGGGGGGGGGGGUUAUUUAUUGAUUUCUGCUCCAACAUGGACUCCAAGGGUUCAUCAAGAUGAUGAGUGUCCAGCAGGAAACGUUUACUCAGGAACAUCCCAAAAUCCCAACCAGAAUGGAUUUUAUGUUUGAUAAUUGAGUAGAAAAACCACAAUUCAAUUCCUCGUCUGAUUUAACUUCAUCUGGAAGUUAUUACCAUCAAUAAUAUUAGUUUUACUGUUUUAUAAUUUAUUUAGAAUUGAUGCAAAAACACCACAAACAAUCAAAAUGCAAUAGAUUUUAAAUUUUCUAUCCAUGAAAUUGUAAUUUAUUAAACUGAAAGGACAUUUGCAAAAUGAUAAUGGUAUGACAGUAAUUAGUACCAUAACACAACAGCUGAUUGCAACAGAUAUGAUUUUAUUCAUAACAAAAGGGGGAAUUUAAUAUAUAUAUAGCUUUAGAUGAUUUGCGGUUCAGAUCCAUGAAGCUGAAACUCUGAUGGAUGAACUUCCUGUUCCUCAUCAGACGUGGUCAUGGUCUCAUGUUGGAUCUUCCUCUCAGCCUAACAGUUGUUCAGACUGCAGACGUUUCUCCUCCACCGUCUUCCUGAUGAAUCUUUUAAUACUUGAAACUUUUGAAAAAGCUUGAAGGAAGGAAAAUGUGGAGAAAGUAAAAACACUGUUAAGGUUUUUGGAUCUAACAUGGCUUUAGUGGACCCACCCCCUAUCUCAGGUUUGACCCCCCCAUCUAAGUUUAUGCAGAAAUCCACAAGUGUCUUUUCAAGUUGGAAUAAUUCAAACACUUGAAAUGUUUAAAUGAAUUCUAUGUUGAAGUGUUUGAUCUCAGAAGAACGGAUGAUGUUUCCACGUUUCUGCAUCCAGUUGUAGAAGAUCAACAUGCGUCUGUAAAGACAAAGAAUGUAACUUCAGUUUUUUUGCUUUCUGCUUCAUCAAACAGAUUCUAUGAACAAGAAACUUGGCAGACAGAAAAUAGUUUUGUUUGUUUAUUUGUAUUGUGUAGCUGCUUCAUUAUCUAGUUUUCCUUCAUGUUGAAGCUCCUGAAGAAGAACCUUCAGUCUGAAUGACUUGAGUCAGCUGGUUUUAUUUGUUGCAGCUGUUUGAUUCAGUUAAUCAAUAAUAUAUUCAAAUAAAUAUAAAAACAAUUUAAAUACUAAACUUUUUUACUACUUUAAAGUGCAAAAGUUUCUGUUUAGAAAUCUGAUUUAAAUUAUUUUUAGAAAAUAAAGUUGUCUAUUUUUGUAGUUUAUGUAACAUGAUCAGCAGAAAGAGCGUCAAACUAAAAGAAGCCAUAGUUAUUUUAAUGUCUUUAUGGUUCAACUAACAUGUAAUACGGGUCAACAACAGAGCCACAGUCCAGAACCGGAGCCAACAGGAAACACCAAAGAAUCACGCUGAACUGGUUUGAAACCCAUUUAAACCCAGAUUUAAAUCAGAUUGAAACAAGUUUAAAAUUGAAAAAGAAUAUUUUUAAACGGUUUCAAAAUAGGUUUGAAACCACUUUUAUACCGGUUUGAAACCAUUUUAAAACCAAUAAAAACCAGUUCAAAUUUAACUUAAACCCAGUUUAAAUUGGUUUAAACCAUUUUCAAACCAAUUCAAAAAGAAUGUUAACUAGUUUAAAAUCUGUAUAAAUUAAUUUAAACCAGAAUAAAAACAGUUUAAAACUAACCUAAAAUCAUUUCAAAAAUGAAUUUAAAUGAGCUUAAACCUUUUUAAAGCAGUUUAAAUGGUUUAAAAUCAGUUUAAAACAAAGUUUCAUCUGCUUAAAACUUGUUUUACUGAAUUUAAACCAAUUUAGAACGGGUUGAGCUGAAUUUAAACCAGUUUCAUCCUAUUUAAAAUAAUUUAAACCAUCUUCAGACUAGUUCAAAGGGAAUUUAAAACAGUAUAAAGGUGGUUUAAUUGAAUUGAAACCAGUUUCAAACAAGUUCAAAACGAAUUCAAACCAGUUUAAAACAAAAUUGAAACCAAAACAGUUCAAAACAGGUUUAAGGGAAUUUAAGCUAGUUUCAUUUUUUUUUUAAUUGGUUUAGUUGAAUUUAGUUUAAACCAGUUUCAAACCAGUGUUAAAGCGUUCCAGAUGCUGUGAAGCUGCAGCUUAAAGGAAAAAUAUUUCUUCAUGUUAUGGUUAGAAUCUGCAUUUUCAGUGUGAAACGCUGUUUCACAAAGGCCUGCUUUAAUGGGCGUGUCUUCAUGCUGUUUGGAUUUUUUGUCUUUGUGUUUAUGAUUGAAGUGAAUCUUUAAUAAAAGUUUGUUUUAGAUGACAGCUGUUUGAACAGCCGGAAA